AUGCCUAAGACCAAUGCAAAAUCUCAAGAACUACGUCUCGAAGAGAUUUUGCGAAGAGAUAAGACAAUACGUAUUAGAAGGAAAAUAGUAAUAUAUUAUUUAGUUGAAUUUGAGGAUGGAGUGGCAGUGGUUCUUGAUAGAUGGUUAUUACAGGAAUCAGCUACAUGUUAUUGGCCUCAGGGAAUUGGUGCUACACAAUGGUCAAAAAUCAAAAAGUUACCAAUUUCUAAUCACAAAGACUGGCCUCUUUAUCCUUAUAUAAGAUUAUUGAAAACUGGAAACUAUGAAAAGAUGAAAAAGGCAGAGGCUAAAUUUUGCACUACACUGAUUCGAUCAAAACAUUCUACUUGCCAUGCAUUAAUAAGUAUAACGGAAAAAAUCAGGAAAGUUUUUGAUACUGGUCAUUUUGUUUGUGGUGUUUUUAUCGAUUUACAAAAAGCUUUCGAUGCCCUUGACCAUGUUCCUGAUUUAGUAAAACAAGCUGUGGCUGAUACUGUUCGUCCGUAUUAUCACUGUGUGAUUAAACGGUUGGAGGAAAUUAAAUCAGAGUUACGUGUACAACACCAAAAGCAAGUUAUUUUUUUGUCUCUAAUUGGAGGAAGUCUUGAUGACUGUUUGAGAAAAAUGAAAAGGUUAUUAUGGGAUGGUUUAGUGAAUAUUGGUGUAGCUGGUGAAGAAUUUUACUCAGGAUCUUUUAAAUGCAAUAAAGGUUAUAGUGCACGUCGGAAAAUUAUAACUGAAAGUAAUCAAUUUGAUUGUUUUUGCAAUGUUUUAGAGUCUGGAAUGGGUAAGCCAAUGUUUGAAUGUAUUUUAAAAAAUGGUGAAAAUAAGAUCGGAAUAUCUUCCUCUUUGAAUCCAACAACUGCAGCAAAAAAGAUAUUAAAAAUAGCUAAUGUGAAUAUUUCAAUAAAAAGUGGCAAUACUUUCUUUGGGUUUGACAGAGAGGAAGUAGUUAAUUUGAUGAAUGGUAAUACUAGUAAUGGUAAUACUAACCAAGAAGUAACCAAUACUUAUGAGGUAGUCAAUAAUAGUUGUUCAUCUAGAAAACUAAGAUGGCUUGGGGUUGUUAAUUAUGGCAGAGCUGUUGACAACAUUACAUUUCAAUGCAAACUUGGUAGUGGAUCAUUCAAUCUGCAUUGCGACUAUGAAUCAAUAAGAAUUGCGAAAACUGACAAUGGCAAUGAGAUAGAAAUUCACAGUAAAGUAGAAUGUGAAAAUGAAAUGCCAAUAUUCAAAGUAUUUACAAUAGAAUUACCAUUAGCAAGCUUUUCAAACGAAAAAGCAACUGUUUGUGUCAAGCAAAUGUUGAACUUCUUAGGAAUUGAGACCAAUAAAAAGUGGUCUGGUUACGAUUUUUUUGGUUUUAUGAAGCCAGAAGUUUUAAAAAUAAUAUCUACUAAUCAAAUUAAUGUCCAGAAAUCAUCUUCAAAACAUAAAAAGUGUACAGCCAAGAAGUUUAAAAAAGAGGAGUUUAAAGACCAUAUUCCACUAAAAAAUGCUUUAACUAUUCGAACUCGAAAUGCUGGAGAAACUAGUAGUUUAGUAAACUCUAAAUCAAUUAAUGCACGCAAUGAAGCUAUACAUGAACUGGUUGAGUAUAUAUCAUUUGGUGAUGUAAAAAGUUAUAUUGAGCAUUUGUACAAAAAACAUCCUUCUAUUAUCACUGAGACUGUCGCUAAAACUCCCAAACAUAUUGAACUAAGUUGCUCCCAAACAGCCGAACUUUUACUUGGUCAAUGUCACUUAUCGCAACGUGGUUAUAAAAGUCUAAGUGCCAUAAUGUCAAAGAAUUUAAUAGACUUACCAACUUACAAAAAUGUUCGAGAAUACUGUUUGGCUACAGAAGUAGGUGAAAUAACAAAAAUUCACAAGGACAAUGAAAAUGUUUGUAAAUGUAUGGGAGCUAGAACCAAUCUUACAGAAACGCUACAAUAUAUUAUUUCGUGUAAAAAGUUACUGAAUGAAAUGGAAUUUCUUGAUACUGAAAAACAAGAAGAUUUAUUUACAUAUUUAAAACAAGUAAAUCCAAAAUUGUAUAAUUCUCUUGAUUCAACAAAACGUACUCUUUUCAUAAAAAACACUGGUGAUAAUUUCCGGGCUGCAUCUAGAUUUCCGACAGAACAGACAUCGUUUUCACUCCUAAAUCUAAAAAAAAUGAUUAAUUCUCCUUAUGGACAGUUUAUAACCACACUAUGGAGGGGUAGUGAAUCAAAAGUUAUGCUUGAAAUCCAUGUUAAGUGUCAUUACGAAGAUCUUACUGACCUAGUCUUGAAUGGUAUUAAUUUAGUAACUACGGAUACUAAUACAGUUGAACACUUCAAUGUGCUUUGUUUUUUUGUGGCAGAUUUAGGUUUCUUGAAAAACAUAAUUGGUUUAUGUGCAUGUACAUCAACUUAUGGAUGCUACCAUUGUCUAUUAAAGAAAGACGAAUGGUCUUCAAAAAUAAAGCAAUCAGGAGAAAAGCGUAGUAUUGCUGUAAUGGCAGAAUUAGGUGAAAAAGUUGAGUCUAUCCUCGGUGCAAAUCCUGACCACGAUUCUGUAUUGUUUAAAAAAACUCAGUUUGAAAAUCAUGGCCAAUGGACAACAAUGUUGUUCAAGGGUUUUGUUGUUGACUUAAUGCCGCCAUGUGGUUUACACCUUAUAUUAGCACAUCAUAGAUAUAUGUACAAGUUUAUGUACAACGUUAUUAAUAAAAGGAAUAUGGAUAGCAGAAUAGACAUGGCAUUUCGAAAUAUUGGUUGUACUUAUUUGGCUUAUCAAAUUGAGCAAUAUUUUAAAAGCAAAAAGAAAAACUAUGAUGGUUCUGAAACUUUAAAAAUCAUUGGGAAUGAUUGUAUGUUGUUGGAAUCAAACAUUGAUACUUUUUUACAUAGUUUUCUAGCAGAUGGAGAAAAUUGGCAAGAUCAAAGUGCCUUAAAAUUGCGACAAAUACUUGACCUCUACAGAAGGUUUGCCAGUCUUGCAAAUGAUGUUAGAUCAACAACUCCUGAGUUGACUGGAACUUUUAAUGAAAGGUGUGAAGAAUAUUUUCAAAAAUUUAUUACUUAUGCUGGAUCUGAUUGUACUGAUGGAAUGCCGUAUUUGCAUUACUUAAGAUGUCAUGUUGGAAAGCUUAUGGUAUUCUACGCUAGAUUUGGAUGGGGUUAUGGAAUGUUUAACUGUAACGCAAGUGAACAUUUAAAUAAAAGAAUCAAGUUUUCAGAAUUAAACGAGACGAAUUUAGACACCACAAGGUUCGAAACCAUAAUUAGGUUAAUGCGUUUACAACAAUUCAUAUUAACGGAUUCUGUAAUGACAAAAACAAAAGAGGUAGUUUGUUCUGCGUGCAAAAUACCUGGCCACAAUAAAAAAAACAAAAGCUGUCCACUACACCCUAGUCACCCACAAAUACAAUUUGACGAAUCAGACGAAGAAGUUUAAUAAAAAAUAUUAUAUAAGAGCAGAAUUCUGAUGUUGAGGUUUUGCAUUUUCACUCUUAUGAAGUGAAAAAAGUAAUUGUUUUUAAGAAUUAAACACGUUAAGUUAGUUUCUUAAAUUUUCUUUGUAUUUUUUAUAUGGUGUAGUAUUUUUGUAUUUUUUAUAUGGUGUUUUUAUUUUUUACAUGGUGUAAUCGAAAUCGAUUCAGACUAUGCGGUCAUUAGUUUUUUAUAUAAUUAUAGUUGUUAUUUUUGUUGUUAUUAAGAAACAUGAUUUAUAGA